CUCACCAGAUCCACGAUGAUGGAAUAGCCUUGUCUAACUGUCAAACUUGCAUUGCUUAAUGAUGUUAUCAGUGGUUUCCCUCACUUUUUAAAAGCAAGUACUGUGUGUUUAAAUAGUAGUUGUUCACUGGAGGACAUUACCAGGAAUGAAAAAGAAGCUAUCGUUUGCAAAACUACAUAGCCGCAGUGGACUAGCCGCAGGUGGCUGUAGUAGGAGUUGAAAGCCAGGCCAUGGUGACACAUGGCUUUAUUGUAGCGAACAAACGACACCGGCUUUUACGAAAGAAAUGUAGGUUAGGUAACGUUAAGCAGUCAGCCUUCUUUAAGUAGCCGUGCAUCUUUUGCCAUGCUACUCAUAAACGUCUUCAAAAGCUUGCAAAAACCCGGAAGGAAGAUUGUGCCAGCACAGUGAACCGAAAAUAUGUCGAGGACCGAUGCAAUGUGAAGUCAGAUAACAUUAGCUAGAGAUAGCGACUUAAAGACGAUUAACAAGCUAACAACAGUACUGGAAGAACACUGCAUACCACUUCACUAGAUAGCAGCUUAUACUGGCAGGAAUUAGUCGACUGUAUGAAGUUUUUCAAGAACAGAAGCCUUAAAAGACGUCGCCUUCAGCAAUUCAUGACCUGACACCAUCAUCCUGUGCUUGGUCGCGGUUCCGUGGUAAACAUGGUGCGAUUAGAAGACGUAGCUAAUGUGGUCCUUAGGGUGCCCAGCAUCUUGGUACUGGACCUGCUCUAUAAAUGCGACGUUGAGAGCUUCACGUAUCAUCUCAGAGCGAAGAGCGAGGACCUGCUCUUCAAGUAUAAGUAUGUCAUCUGGAACAUGUACUACCUAGGUCACAUAGUAAGCACGGUGGUCUUGCUGUUGCCACUUGGACACAUUGUGCAGCUUUAUCUACAUAUUCUCACUGCCCUUCUUCUCUACAUGGGCCAUCAGAUCUCUAGGGAGUACCUGCUAGCGGAGAGUCAAUACGGGUAUGACUAUGCACUCUUCCUUGAUCCACCAGCUUUGAAUCGUUUUGUGACUGCACUAACAAGUCAGAUUAUUGUUACCACUCUGUGUGCGUUCCUCAUGCGCACUCGUCGUGUGUGGCUGUUCUCUGCUCACUUGGUCCCUCUCGUGGCACGUGCAUGUUCCGUUUCUCAAGAUGCCGUCCUCACGCUCACCACCGUUUCCAUGGGGAUAACAGGGGCAGAGGUCGCCAUCUUCCUCCUCAUGAACCUCUUUGUGCCAUAUAGACUGGCCAGAGCAGCAUAUCGUGAGAUGGCCCAAGCAGAGAUGACGGAUUUGUACCGGUUGCUGGCAGUGGGCGUGUCUCUUUGGCAUAGCUUUGCUGUACCUGUGUUGUUCAGUGUCUUCUGGUUUGUGCUCUUUGGGGUCCAGCUUGUCUCUAAUGUGGGUACCCCCACUGCUGUUCAGGAGGGGCUGCUGCUCUAUCUUCUCACAUGCAUGUCAGAAUGCUGUGCUAGUCCAUACUCUCUGCUGGGUUUGACAUUUGUGGUUUCUUAUUUGGCUCUGGGACUCCUAAACCUCUGCAAGUUCUACCUGGGAGGAUUUACAGCCCUGCAGAAUCACAAUGUCAUGCACAGGGGUGUGACAGAGGGUGUGACCCUGCUGUUGCUGGCCCUGCAGACUGGCUUGUUGGACAUGGUAGCACUGCAACGCUGCUUCCUCCUCUUCAUCAUCCUCUUUAUUGUUCUCACUUCUACACUGCAGAGCAUGAGUGAGAUAACUGAGCCCAUUGUGCUAGGUCUUGGGGCCAGUAGAAACAGGAGCGUGUGGAAGCAUGUGCGGGGUCUGAGCAUGUGUGCUUUUCUGCUGCUGUUCCCGGGGUUCAUGGCCUAUAAGAUCUCCCAGUUCUUCCACAUGGACUUCUGGCUUCUCAUUCUGGUCUCCAGCUGCAUGCUUACGUCACUGCAGGUCACAGGCACCCUGCUGAUCUACUGCUUGUUCAUGGUGGAGGUGUGGCGCGGUGCUCCCUUGCCUGGCCUGGAUGAGGUGGUCUAUUAUGUAAAUGGUGUGUGUCGGAUACUGGAGUUCGCGGUGGCGCUGUGUGUGGUAGCAUAUGGGGCGUGGGAGUCCCUGUGGGGUGAGUGGAGCUGGAUGGGGGCGUCGGUAAUCAUCAUCCAUUCCUACUGCAAUGUGUGGCUGCGUGCCCAGGCCGGCUGGAAGAGCUUCCUGCUCCGACAGGAAGCGGCACGCAAGAUCAAUUUGCUCCCACGGGCCAGUACUCAGCAGCUGCAGGAGCACAGCGAUGUAUGUGCCAUCUGUUUUCAGGAUAUGACAUCAGCAGUGAUAACCUACUGUGGCCAUUUCUUUCAUGGAAACUGUCUAAGGAAGUGGCUGUAUGUGCAGGAAACAUGCCCAAUGUGUCAUACCUCCAUCAAACAGCCUGCAUCCACCCAAACAACUGCUGCACAUGACAUCCAUCCCCAGCCAGCCCCACCACAGCCCCACCCACAUCACCAAGAGACAGCCCCUGAGCACGCUGAUGUGCACCAAGAAGAAGCACAUGGCCCACAGGGAGAUGGAGUCUGUUCCUUGAAUAAAAAAUGUGAGUCUGAAGGACCAGCCAAGAGGAGCAGCAUGCAGGACCUAACCUGUAGCUCUAGUGGCGACUCUGAAGGCAUAAACAUUGCUGCUCCUAGCUGCUCAUCAGAGGGAGGACCUGCAUCGCAGCACAGGGAGAGAAAUGAAGACUCUAUUAGCUCUCUAUUCAGGGAGUUACCUGAGCAGAAUUGAGAAAAAGGAGAAAGCAGGAGGCCAUUAAGGCACUAUGGAGAGGUAAUUAAGCGCCAAAGAACUGACCUGCUCCUCUUUUACUGAGAUCUGGGUACCAAUGGCUACAACACUAAAAUCGUUGGAGGAGUGAAUCUACUUCUACAUCCCUCUGUUAAGCAAUACCAAAUAUAUUCAUCUUUAACAUUCUUGAAGCUAAAUUUGUGUGGAAAUGUUUAAUAUGAGGUUGAUUUUCCAGAUUGACUUUGAAAAUAUACAUUUGCCUUUAUAUCAGAAAAGGUAACUGAAUUGCUAAUGGAACGGACUCGAUGAUCUUAUUGGCCCUUUCUAAAGUACUGUAUGGUAAUGUGAACAUUAAGUUAAUUCAGUAAAUUUCUUCAAGCAAAGUUAUUUUACUUGUUGUUAAUGAUGAGUGUAUUUUCUAUAUGUUGUAGCCUGGGAUGCAGGCUCAGAUGAGUGAGGUCUGUAUGUCAUUCACCUCAGAGAGCAUCACAAACUGGCUGUGCCUCAGCGCCUUCGUUUCUCUUAAUCCUGAUUUUUAUACAUAAAUAACAUUAUUAUGGCCCAAUUGCAUUUUUUGCUUUUCAUGAAAUUGUAUAACUGUUGGACUGACUCUUAAAAGUUGCUUAAUUUUG